AUGUCAAACUCUGUUGACACUGCUCGACCUCGCGACUUCAUUGGAUAUGGAGAGAACACACCUGCUUUUAGCUGGCCUGGAGGCAAAAAGGUUGCCAUAAACUUCGCUAUCAACUAUGAGGAGGGUACUGAGCGCAACCCACUUGCUGGUGACAGUGCUCGUGAUUCACGGACUUGGGUGAGAAGUGCGCUACCAGAGAACGAGCGCGAUCUCAUGCAGGAGGGUGAAUAUGAAUACGGCACUCGCGUCGGAAUAUGGCGAUUGCUGCGCAUUUUCACCGAAUUCAACGUUCCGUACAGUGUUUUCUUGUCAUCAGAAGCAUUGGUGGCCAAUCCUCCAUUCGCAGAGAAGUUGAAGACCGAAAACUGCGACAUUGUUUCUCAUGGCACGCGGUCGAUUAGUCGCGUUGGACUCACGGAAGACAUGGAGAGGAAAGAUCUUCGCCAAUGCAUCGACCAGACAUUGGAGUUGACGGGAAAGAAGAUCUUAGGCGCGUUUCCGAGGCCACCUAUCACUGAGAAUAGCCGACGGGUUAUGGCUGAAGAAGGCCUUCUAUUCGACUCAGCUACCUCGAAUGACGACCGCCCGUACUUUGCAGAUGUUUCUGGUCGACCAAUGUUGGUUCUUCCGUACGCUGUAGACACCAAUGAUGCACGAUUCUGGGGCGGACAAUCUGGCCCUGGGUUUACUGGCUCCACGGAUUUCUUUGACUACCUGAAGGACGCUUUUGACGUUCUGUAUAGAGAGUCGGAUCAUAGUGCGACAAUGAUGUCAAUAGGUCUGCACGCACGGAUAAUGCGACCAGGACGCGUUGCUUCCCUGAUCCGCUUCCUGGAAUAUGUCACCAAAUUUGACGGCGCAUGGAUUGCUAAGCGCAGUGACAUAGCAGCGCAUUUUGCUCGAAAGUUUGCGCCGGCGAAUACCUGGAAUUUGGAGGCCAUACCAGACCUUCCCUGA